AUGGCCAGCGCGGCGUGCCAUAGCCGCGAGGAGUUCACGCCCUUGCUGAGCCUGCGCAAGAAGAACCUUUCACCCGAGCACCUCAAGACGUUUCGUAAGUUUGCCAAAGGCAAAGGUGGCCAGAAGACGGUCCACGAAACCAGCCACACGUUUCAGGUCCUCGGGGGGGAUAACCCCGCCGAGGCUGUGUUCAGCCAGGCGAAGAAUCAACUUCGGCGUGUCAAUCGUCUUGGUCGAGACGCUGCUAAGACAGUCUCCAAAUCGUUUUUGGCCGCGCAAUGGUCCCUGCACAGACCAGGCCUCCUGAAUCUUCUCCAAGCCUUCAGGGCAUACCAAGCGUGGAACGUUGAUCGUUUGGGUGUGGACCCUUAUGAUCAACUCACGGAAGAUCGGCCUUGGGAGCGCGAUAGAAACAGCGCUGGCACUCCGCAGAAAAGCUUCUGGGCGCGGCUUAACGUGCCAUCUUCAGUGGGCCAGAUUUCUCCCAUUCCGAUGGCCAUGGGCGACAGGCAACGACUGGCAGCACAGCAGAUGCAGAUGCGCUCGCCACAGGACAAAGCCAUGAUGAAGAGGUCUCGCAUGAUGCCGGCCGUGCAAAAUCCGGAGAAGACUGCGCUUGAGGCCGCUGCUGAAAUGGCUGCAAGUUCGUCGAGUUCAAGGACUGCGCUGCGCCUUCAUGAAAUGCUGCCCAAGGAGGCACAGGAGGCCGCCGCCGCCGCUCUUGCCACCCACAAAGCGCGGCCAAGGCGGACGAUGAUGCCAGACGCGACAUCCGCCGAGGCUGAGCUCUCUGCUGCGCCGAAGAAGGCCUCACCCAAGCCGCCUGCACGCAAAAGACGAGGUCCCCAGUGA